AUGUCUAACAUAAAGUACCGUGAGGACAUCGUUCUCAGAUUGCAGGCUCGGAAGGAUCAAAGAUCACAUGACUUUCGAUAUAUAUUUCUGUCUGAACAAAAACUUGGUUUCUUGCAAAAAUUUGACAAAAUGAUGUCGUUUUUUCAACGCAUUUUGGACUGGAUUCGCAGCCUCUUUUGGAAAGAAGAGAUGGAACUAACACUAGUCGGGCUUCAGUACUCUGGAAAAACGACUUUUGUGAAUGUGAUUGCGGUAUGAAAAUGCUACAAUGCUGUGGUUUUGUUUUUGUUUUCGAUGUCAUUUCAAUGUGGUAGUUGUUUAUAAUUGUACUUACUGAUGCUCUUUUGCAGUCUGGGCAAUAUAAUGAAGAUAUGAUCCCCACAGUAGGGUUUAAUAUGAGGAAAAUAUCGAAAGGCAAUGUUACCAUAAAGGUAUACUGAUUAUCCAUUAAUAUAUUGACUUUUAAAACAUGGUAUUAUCUGUGUCAAUAUUAAUAUUUGCAUGGUUUUAUAAACUAUAGGUGAUGUGUAACCACUCCCAUGGGAUUCAAAGGACAAAGCGAUUUUUGCCAUUUUGGAUGAAUUUGCAUGACAAACAACCAAAAUCUUUUGUCAAUGUCAUCCAACAUGGCGACGGUGACAUAACUUGCACAUCACCUAUAUCACAAUAACUGCAUUGUUUGACAAAAAAUUUAGAUGCUACACAUUCUCGCAUCAAAAUAUAUAGGGGCAAUUAACCAAUUCCUAUUUAAUACUCAAUGUAUCAAACAAUAAGAUAUUGCCUUUUGCAUAAUUGGUCAUCCCAGAAAACAUCCAUGCCUCCCCGACUGAGGAGAGUGGGAAUUAACUUCCUUACGGACAUCCUAAUACACUUACUAUUACCAGUAGAAAUUCACGGUAGAAAUUUCCUCCGUGGGGGAGUGUGGAUCUUUUCUGGAGUGACCCAAUAUAUAAUUUAUUUUCAGGUUUGGGACAUUGGUGGGCAACCUCGUUUUAGAAGUAUGUGGGAGAGAUACUGCCGUGGCGUGAACUGCAUUGUGUAUGUAAACAUAAGAUUUGUGUAUUUUGUAUUUUCUACUAAAUACAAGGCAAUAUUUUCUAUGUUGUGUAAUUGGGAUGAAAAGUGUUACUGUCAAUGCACUAGAAGUGUUGAUAAAAUAUUGCAUCAAUUCAUUUCCUCAAGUUGAUCAAUUCAUACAAAUUCAAAUUUCUUUUUACUUCCUGUGCAUUUCCUAUUGGUCAAUAGGUUCUGAAACGAAAUCUAAUUGGCUCAUCUAAAAGUAACAGGAAGUUGAUCAAUUUUCUAUCAAAUGAAUUGAUCAACUUGAGGAAAUGAAUUGGUGCAAUAUUUUAUCAACACUUCCAUUGCAUCGACAGUAAAAACCUAUAAUCUUUUUGGCAUUCCACUCAAAAUGACUUUGUUUUAGCAAAGUAAAUUUUGUAGUUUACACAGUUAGCAACUUUUUUAAUGCAUCUGGCGGCUGAGAAACACAAAAUAAUAGUUAAUCAUUGAUGCUAUAAAAUUGAUGACAUAUUUAUACACUCAGUAAUAUAAGCAAAACUUACUGAACUUCAGAAAUAAUUUUCUUUUUGGUGUACCAUGUACAAUUGAGCUGUACAUGUACAAUUGAGCUGCUUUGGUACAGGCUGGGCAGAGUCAGAUGAAAGUGUCCAUAUUAGCAGGAUGUGUAUAAUGACAUUUUCUCCAUUGUCUCAUUACUGUCGUUCCAAUUGAAGUGUUGCUCAAAUAUUGAUUCAAUACAUCACCUCGGGCUGACCAAUUCAUUUCAUCAAGUUCCUCGAGAUAUUCAUACACUUCCUGUGAAAGAGCCAAUUCCAAGUAUUUGAUCAUUUCUGGUCACUUCCUGUGUAUUUAUGAUUGGUUAGUUGCACAAACAACAAAGGUGAUUGGUGCGUUCAAACUAUUCAACAGGAAGUUUACAAUUAUACUAGGAAGUGUAUGAAUAUCUCGAGGAAUAUCCCGAUUUGGGUGUUGGGGCAUCAAUUUCCCAUUUGUAAUGCAAAAUGACUGAAAAGGCAAAGCUCUAUUUUCCUCAUUUUACAACAUUUUGCAAUGAAACUUUGGAAUAUUACUAAUUUUGUGAUGCUCUUUCAAGCUGUGAUGAAAUAUUUGUCUAGACUUGCCUAGAUCAAAAUUUUAGUUAUAAGGGGAAAGGUCUAUUGUCUGCAUUGGUUAAUUAACAAGAAUUAAAUGCCACCCAAAAAUGGUGGAUAUUUGUCAUCAUGAGAAAGGCUAAUUGAUAAGUUAACCUCCCUGCUAGCACACUGUAGUCUCGGCACAAGAUAAAUCAUAUGAUGUGCAAUAUACAAUUACUUUAUGGUUUCCGUGUUUGGAUGGCCUGAUCCAAACACGCGGGAAUGUUGCGAGAGUUAAGAAAAACGCGCGAAAGCACGAGCCGAAGGCGAGUGAUUUUGCGCGCUUUUCUUAACUCGAGCAACAUUCCCAAGUGUUUGGAUCAGGCCGUCCUAACAGGGAAACCAUAAAGUAAUUGUUUUAUAAAAUAACAACAGCACGAUAGUCUUCCGUGUUUGGAUGGCCUGAUCCAAACACGGGUUUCGACCAAUCAGAGCAUGUGUUAUAUACAUGUUAUUUUAUAAUUUUCAAUACCACAACAUUUGAACUUAUUAACACAAGAAUUUUUUUGUAGAUAUAUGGUUGAUGCUGCCGAUCAUGAUAAAUUUGAUGCUUCGAAAAAUGAACUGCAUAAUUUAUUGGAUAAACCGCAGCUGUCAGGAAUUCCAGUAAGAACGUUUAUCAUUACUGACAGUUCAUUUAAGCAUCAUCAAAUUUGUAGUCUAUCAUAAAUUUGUAACCUACCAUUAAUUUGUUGAAAUAACAAAUACUGAACAAGGUUUGUUAUUCUGCAGGUACUUGUGCUUGGAAACAAGCGAGAUUUACCCAAUGCAAUAGAUGAGAAAGAAUUGAUAGAAAAAUUGUAAGUAUUUGUUUUAAGGUACAGUACCAAUAAAUAAGUGGAAAAACAUCACAAAAAACCUGUAGAUAUACAGAAGUACAUUUUUAUAUGUAUGAUAAUUAUGUGUAUAUUUUUUCUAUGAUUAUAAAGCAUUUUAUUGUGAUAUCUUUCAGAAACCUUUCAUCUGUUCAAGAUCGAGAAAUUUGUUGCUAUUCCAUUUCUUGCAAAGAAAAACAAAAUAUAGGUAUGUUGUUAUGCUUUUUUGCAGGUACAUGUAAGUACAUAUUCGUAAUCUGAAACAGGUAGACUAGAUAAAAUAGAGGUUGCAUUUUUCCAGGCGAGGAGAUUUAAAGGGAGAUUUUUUAUUACAUACUCAAAACUAAUGAGUGUAACGAACCACUUUUCUAGGUGGACUAUUAACUGAGGAUUUCUGGUUAAGAUUCCACCUAACAUAUUCUGGUUAAUUCAACCAUAUAGCCAGGUUAAAUUUUAGAGUAUAUAUUAAAUGUUGGAUGGUCAUUUGAGGGUCAGAACUUUUAAUAAUUUUCUCAUACAUGACUUUAUUUAAUUAAAGUGGUUACAACUCCUAGCCCUAAAGCUAGUUUACAAGAUCUCCACUAACUACAAUACUAGCAAAUUACUGGUUAUAUACAAGUUAAGUACAUCAAUUCUAUAAGAUGACAUAAAUUACCAAAAAAAAGUUAAACUUUUUUAGGUAAACAACAAAACCCCUUACAUAUUAAAUUGUACAAUCCUUUACUAUUUAUAUCAGGUUCACAUAUCAAAAGCUUAUUUUCACAUAUGAAACAUAUUGCUGCAAAAAUAUAUACAUGCAGUGUAGGUAUUUAUUGCAGUUUGUAUGUACAGUAUGUAGGUUACAUCGUGGAAAUGUGAAAAUCCUGAAAAAUUAUUAUGUAGUGAAAUUACUAUAUGUGACAUAUUCAAGUAAUUAUUUUAAGUUAAUAGGCAAAAAAAUAUAUAGGCCAAUUAUAUUGUUUGUGUUCAUACUUGUAAAAAAAAUCAUACUGUUAACAAUCCACAAUUUAUAAAAAUAAUGAAAGGUUAGUAUACAACCUAAUAUAUUGGAAUAUUUCUGCAAAGAGUGAAACUAAAUGUUGCAAGUACUCCAAUGUUACAGAGUGAGUACAUAAUUGAUACAGAUAGGUAGAAACUGUACGUUUUAUUAGAACAGAUCAACAGAUUAUUCUAAUAGCGAAGCUAAUCUAGAAAUUAUAUUAAGGUGGUAAGGGACCUGGGUUCAUAGUCAUUUAUCAAAGUAGUCACUUUAAGUUUUGUUUAUAUAAGUGUUUGCCUGACUUACAAUUUUUCAAGUCAUUGGGAAUUGAAUUCCAUAAAUUUCAAAUUCCCUUUUUUGUUUUGUAGAUAUAACUCUACAGUGGCUGAUGAACCACUCAAAAUCAAAGAGUUAGAAAAUUGAGAUAUUUGAACAAUAAUUAUGAACCUCUCUACAUUAAGCAAGUGUGAUUGCUUAGGGACCCUCCUUCUUUAGACUUCACUUUUAUCAAUAUACAAAUUAUAAGUAUACACCACGAGUAGAAUAUAAACAUUCAGUUGGAAUUUUGGAGCUACAGUACGUUUGAAUAUUGCCUUUUGUCGGGCUGAUUUCAAGAUUUACUACAUGUAUGUUUCUUACAAUGUGAGUUUUGUACUUUGAAAAGAGUUUAACGCAUUAUAUAAUAAUCCAUGAAGAAAAGGAAAAGGAAAACGCUACCUUGUCGGUGGUUUUAAAUGUGAUCAAAAAUCAUCUUUAGCUUAGACAACGUUUAUUUGUAAAAUUACUUCACCAAUAAACUCAUAAGAUGGGUAAUUUUUUUAAGACAUUUACAGUCAAACCAGAUGUUAACACUCUUGCGAGCAAUAUUGCAAUAUUGUCCUACAAUAGUGCAAUUUUGAUAGGCAGAUACUCAGAUAGCUCUGAGUAAGUUGCAACCGACGCGAACAAAUUGCAAGUUGAAAUUCGCAAAAGAUUUGUAAACAAAGCCUCUGAUUAUACUAUAAGAAAGGGGGAAGCACCAAUCCAGUUGCUCAGACUAUUUGAUUGGCUUCCCUCUUAUAAUCCAAUCAGAGGCUUUGUUUACAAAUCUUUUGUGAAUUUCCAACUUGCAAUUUGUUCACGUCGGUUGCAAAUUGCUCAGAGCAAUCUGCCUAUCAAAAUUGCAAUAUUGUGGGACAAUAUUGCAAUGUUUCUUGCAAGAGAACAUCCGGUUUGACUGUAAAACACUUACGUACUGUACAGUCCAUGCUUUGUCAGAUAUAAUACACUUGGCUGUUACUCGUGUUUUAUAUCUGAUAAAGCACUCCUGCUCGUAUUUUGAAUAGUACAUAUUCAUUGCGCAACAGGCCUCGAAUUUCCCUGAAAUCAGUCGACGGCAAUGGCGUUAAAAAUUGCCGUAGAACGUAACAGUUGUCUACGGCAAUUUUGGCAGUUUCCACGGCAUUUUUCAAAUUACUGUAAUAAAACUUUAAUUUUAUUGUUACUUUGGAUCUAUGACAAGCUAGAAAUAUGUCUACCUACUUCUUUAGUGGGUUUUUUUUCGAAGAAAACUGAGACUAAAAUAGUGAUUUAUGCAUGAUUUGAUCAACAUCUGAAUUCAAGUAUCAAAGUAGUAAUGCACAGUGAAUAGUAUAAAAAUUGCGCUACACGGCAAAAAAUUGCCGUCGUUGCCGCAAUGAUCCACGGCAUUUUGUUCUCCCUCUACGGCGAUUGCCGCGAUAAAAUUCGAGCCCUGGUGCGCAAUAUAUGCAGUCUGACAUUGCCAAUUUUUCUUAGGCCUAUUUGUAAAACUUCAGCCCGACAAGUUUGAAGCGUUAACGUAGCUGUAGACAGAUUUUUAAAAUCCAAUCGAUAUUAUGAGCGGUUUUGAUUAUGAAAAAGAAAUCAUGGAAUCCUAAUUAUCAUAAAUGUAUUAUUUUGUAAUAGAAUGUUAUCGAAUGGUCACUUUUCUUGGUCCUACUCGAAGUAAUAUACAGGUUCAGAUUUGGCUUUCGCUACCGCUAUUUCUCACUGGCUUAGGACGCAUCUGAUUGGAUAAUCGGAUAUAUCAAACGCAUCUGAUUGGUUAAUCGGAUAUAUGAAACGCAUCUGAUUGGUUAAUCGGAUCUAUCAAACGCAUCUGAUUGGUUAAUGAUCGCUUAAUGGUAGCAGAACUCAAAUCUGAAUCUCUCUAAAGGGACAGUCACUUGGGGAAUUACAAUCACAUGAGUCACUCGAAAUAGGCCUUUCCACGGUUUCUGUCGCCAUAUUGCAGGGGGUGCAAAAACAUUGGGGCGAGCGCGGGACCACCAAUGGCGCCCAUACUAUUUCCUAUUGAGUGAGUGAAAAUUACCUUUUGACAUUUUGUCCUUUUUCUCAAAAAAUUUCGAUACAAGCAUAUCCAAUUUUUAUUUUUGGAUAAUCGCUGGGUUUUUUCUGUUAUGUGGCUGAGAUUUCUUGCUAAUCGAGGGACAGGAAGUAAUAAAAAACGGCGGCUUUUGUUGCACACCUUGACCGACGUUUGAGCGAUGAUUCUUGUUAUUUCGUUUGUUUAACCGAUCUUUGGAAGAAUAUUUGUCCAUUAAGUGUGUGAGUCCUUUGGUGUCCGCCAUUAUUACUGUUUAUAUUUGUAUAUUUGUACAAGAAUCAUCGCUCAAACGUCGGUCAAGGUGUGCAACAAUAGCCGCCGUUUUUUAUUACUUCCUGUCCCUCGAUUAGUAAGAAAUCUCAGCCACAUAUCAGAAAAAACCCAGCGAUUAUCCAAAAAUAAAAAUUGGAUAUGCUUGUAUAGAAAUUUUUUGAGAAAAAGGACAAAAUGUCAAAAGGUAAUUUUCACUCACUCAAUAGGAAAUAGUAUGGGCGCCAUUGGUGGCCGCGCGCUCGCCCCAAUGUUUUUGCACCCCUGCAAUAUGGCGGCAGAAACCUUGGAAAGGCCUAUUGCGUGAAAUUUCAAUGUUUUUGGGUCAUCCAUAAUUAUCGAAGCCAGCUCGGGUACACAGGCUGGCUCGCCCUAAUAAACAACCCCUUAUUUCAUUUAAUUUUAUUUAUUUCUCAUAUUACCGAAUAACUUUUUAAAUUUUUUUAAUUGAAAUUAAAAUUAAAUCAAUUUAUUGCAUAAUGUCCGAGCGGUCACGGGACUCAAAUGUCCAACAGGACUCAAAGUUCCACGCGAGGCACUCCCCACUAUAAACUAUUUUAAUAGUAUAUCGACUGAAAUCUAGAUAUAAAUGUAUAUAGAUAAAGAAUUGCGAAUAUCGGAUCAUCGCGAGGUAUACAGUCGUUGAACUAAGCAUAUAUCAAGGUUUUUAAGAGAAAAAUAAAUGUGCAGUUAAUAUUUGGUGAAGAAGAUUGGUGGCUUGCGUCAUUGGGAUACCCAUUUGGCGCGAAUACUUGUGAGACUCUCUGGAUUACAUACGUUGCCGCAUUUGUCGCGAAGGACCACAACUCGCCAGCCCGUCGCUCAGCCCACACUCUCCAGCUCUCGUUCAUGGUUGUGAGACGUGGUUGACCGUUGGCCAUCUUAAAGACAAGAUGAUUUUCUUGAUAUCCUGAAUCUGACCAAUAAAUCUUUAUAAAGUGGUCAGCAACGAUUUCAAUUUUGCAAUUUUGUCUUGCAUGGUCGGACAUCUGCGCGACGAAUGACUGCACAAACUGUACCAGAUGUUGACAGUCGUAACAUUGCCGCGGGCAACGGUCCAUUGCUGUAGUGAUGUCGUUGCGCGUCACGUGGGGAUAGCAUGCCACUUGGUCGACAUGGUUUGCCUAA